AUGUUUCGUUCUAGUCCCGUAUCGGGAAGCAGGUACGUAUCUCAAGUCCGUCCCGAUCCGCGCGGCGGAAAAGACGGCGGCAGCGACAUCGACGAAGGCGACUUUGUCCACGACGAAGCUUCCUCGUUGCUUCGCUCGGACGCGAAGCCAUUUCCAACGUCCGUCGUUGCUGCUGGGGGCAUCUUCGGCGGGUCUUACGGCGGCGGGAGCGGGGGCGGUGGCGGGUUUAGGAAGGGGAAUCGGAGACUAAGGACUCUGGCGGCGUGCGCGGCGCUGGUGGUGGCGGCGCUGGUGCUGGCGGCGUGCGCGGUGGUCGACGUGGCGGACGCGUGGCUGGGAUUUGGAGGGACGCGACGGGCGGCGGGACUGGAGCGAUGCGUGCCGCAGGACAUCCCAGGUAGGUACAAGGGGAGUGGUGGAGAGUUGUUGUGGGGAAUGGUGGGGAACGGCGCGGAACGGCGGGGAAUGGUGGGGAACGGCGCUGAACGGCGGGGAAUGGUGGGGUAUGUUGGGGAGGGGCGGGGAGUGGUGGGGAAUGCGCGAGGGGUGGCGGGACUGGAGCAAUGCGUGCCGCAGGACAUCCCAGGUAGGUGCAAGGGGAGUGGCAGGGCACGGUGGGGAAGGGUGAGGAACGGUGGAGAAUGUGCCAUCACUGGCGGAAAUGACAGUGGAGGAGAAGGUGGGGCAGAUGAUGCAGAUAGACGAACGCACGCUGGGGCUGCUGCCGCUGCCGCCACCGCCGCCGCCGCCGCCGCCGCCGCUGCUGCUGCUGCUGCCGCCGCCGCCGCCGCCUCCGCCACCGCCGCCGCCGCCGCCGCCGCUGCUGCUGCUGCUGCUGCUGCUGCUGGGUACAUGACUCUUGUGCCCCUCCCCUUGCUACCCAACCCUGCCCCUCUUCCCACUAUGCCAGUGCCAUCCCUCUCCGAGAUGACAGUGCAGGAGAAGGUGGGGCAGAUGAUGCAGAUAGACGAACGCGCGCUGGGAUACGGAGAGAACAUCACAGUGUACCAUAUCGGAUCAGUUCUUAGUGGCGGUGGCGCAUGGCCCCAAUACGCCCCCAACACCCCCAGAGCGUGGGCAGACAUGGUCGAUAACUUCCAAGCGAAAGCCCUCAACACGCGCCUGCGGGUACCACUGCUGUACGGAGUAGACGCGGUGCAUGGGCACAACAAUGUGGAAGGAGCGACCAUCUUCCCCCACCACGUGGGGCUGGGUGCUGCUGGGAACGCAACACUUGUAGAGGCAGUAGCGGCUGCUGCGGCUAAGGAAGUGGCAGCGACGGGGGUGCGGUGGACGUUCGCCCCGGCAGUCACGGUGUGCCUCGACCCCCGCUGGGGCCGCUGCUACGAGAGCUAUGGGGCGAACCCAGGGCUUGUAACAGAGCUUGCUAUAGCGGAGAUACGUGGAUGGAUGGCUGGGAACUUUCCAGGAAGUGUCUUCAUGGCGCCAACAGCAAAGCACUACGUGGGGGAUGGGGGCACGAGGGGAGGUGUGGACCGGGGGGAGACGGUAGGGGGGGAGGCGGUGCUGAGGAAGGUGCAUCUGCUGCCGUACGUGGCGGCUGUAGCGGAGGGCGUGUCUACCAUCAUGGCGAGCUACAGCAGCUGGAACGGCACCAAAAUGCAUGGCAAUGGCUGGGCAUGGCUGCAUGUGCGCUACAGCUGGGCAUGGCUGCAUGUGCGCUACAGCCGCUACAGUGGGGGCUCUUACGAACCGGGCAUGGUGAGAGGUGCGCUACAGCCGGGCAUGGUGAGAGGUGCGCUACAGCCGGGCAUGGUGAGAGGUGCGCUACAGCCGGGCAUGGUGAGAGGUGCGCUACAGCCGGGCAUGGUGAGAGGUGCGCUACAGCAGCAGGGAUAUGAUAUGGUGAGAGGUGCGCUACAGCAGCAGGGAUAUGAUAUGGUGAGAGGGAGGGAGAUCGGCGAUGUGGGCUGCAUGGUGUCUGACUGGGAGGCAACCAACCCCCACCCCUCUCCACCUCUCUCCACACUCCACCCCUCUCCACCUCUCUCCACACUCCACCCCUCUCCACCUCUCUCCACACUCCACCCCUCUCCACCUCUCUCCACACUCCACCCCUCUCCACCUCUCUCCACACUCCACCCCUCUCCACCUCUCUCCACACUCCACCCCUCUCUUCAUGGUCUAUCUCUUGACGGACGUGCUUCGCAAGGAGCUGGGCUUUGUGGGUCUCAUGGUGUCAGACUGGGAGGCAACCUCCACCCCUCUCCACCCCUCUCCACACUCCACCCCUCUCCACCUCUCUCCACACUCCACCCCUCUCCACCUCUCUCCACACUCCACCCCUCUCCACCUCUCUCCACACUCCACCCCUCUCCACCUCUCUCCACACUCCACCCCUCUCCACCUCUCUCCACACUCCACCCCUCUCUUCAUGGUCUAUCUCUUGACGGACGUGCUUCGCAAGGAGCUGGGCUUUGUGGGUCUCAUGGUGUCAGACUGGGAGGCAACCUCCACCCCUCUCCACCCCUCUCCACCUCUCUCCACCCCUUUAACACCAGCUAUCUCCUAACAGACGUGCUUCGCAAGGAGCUGGGCUUUACAGGCCUCAUGGUGUCUGACUGGGAGGCGCUCAAGGAACUUCCAGGAAGCUACGAGGACCAGGUUGCCCUCGGGGUUGCCCUCGGGGUCAACUCGGGUCUAGAUAUGAUCAUGGUUCCCAACGAUUUCGUCGAUUUCUAA